GGUUCCUCCGCCUAUGAUAUUCUUCCUCGGUCAUCUUUAGUCUGAACUUGGGGAGUUUAGUGAGGUCCUUUGGCUGAUCGUGUCAUGGUCUGAGUCUGAUAAUUAGAACUAACUAAAAAAAAGAGAAGAGGAUUGAGAGCACUGACUAUCAUCUCUCACCCUCCCCCUAGUUCCGCUUUCAUUCUCUCUCAUUGUCCAACCUUGAUCCAGCUCAGUCCUUCGUGUAUGCGCCAUGUCCAAUAUUUUCGCAUACCCUAGGUUCCUGUGAUCUGUUGUUCAUUCUUUCUUCCCUUUAUCGUCUGCGUUUUUGUUCUCUCUUUUUUUCUCCCCCGCCUUCUCUCUCUUCAACCCCUGAAGAAGUUGCUCCCAAACCACGCCCGACUCGAAGAAAAGUCGCGGUUCCGCCUUCACACCUCGUCUUCCUCUUACCUGUACCGAUCGGAGGUAACUUGCGAGGUGGACUCGAUCUCGGUGGUUUAAUUUCCAUGCUUCAACAUUCUGGGCGAUAAGGAGAGCAGCAAGCAAGUGCUUGCUGCGGGAGUCGACACGGAAGGUGUGUGUGCAUGUGUCAACUUGGCUGCAUCUAUUUGACCUUAAAAUCGUUCUUAUGGACGAUUCCAAUCUCCUCUUGCUGUCCUUUCCCUUCAUUACCAAUAUUACUGAAUCAGGGACUAAAUUCUCAAAUGUUUCAUGCCUCCAGGUCCAGACUCCUCCGUAUCUUCCGCCAAUUCGGCGCAUUCUCCGCCGCUGCAUUCCACAGAUUCCUCCCGCCUGCGUGACGAUUGCCUCUUGGCUGCUCCAUUGACAUCAUCCUUCACAUCGCCAGGUGCGUCGAGUCUCUCGACCGCUGGUUCUCCUGGCCGCCAGACCUCCUUCCGAGGGACUAGUUUGACCUCGAAUCCGCCGACCACACUCCCCACUCUGCCGAAAUAUCGGGGUGCUUGGGAUUCGUCUACUUCGUCCCCGGAAAAUCGGAAAGCUGAAAGUAGCAUCUACUAUACGACUGCCUGGGGCUCCCCGUAUGCUGCACCCAGCCCUCGGAGACUCUCGUGGUCAUUAAGUCAGCACGCUGGUAUUGAUCGAGGCUCUGGGGUUAGCUCUCCGACCUCGAUGCGCAGUGGGAUAUACCACGGGUCUGAAACAAAUAACCCGGAAGUAGUCCUUACAUCUGCUCCCGAACGUUCGACUACACAGCUGCACGGCAGUAUCCGCAACCGUUCGCCAGGAAGAGACAUAUUUGGUAGAAGAGGAGGAAAAUCUAUCAAAGAUUUCACGCAGGAUUGGAUCAAUCAAUACCUUUCAGGGCAGCCGAGGACUGAACGCAGCAAUUGGCUGAGCGACGACUCGGGUAGCGAGGCUCCAUCCUUCUUUACGGCUCAAAAUCACUUUGCAGACGAUCUCUCUGACGACUGGCUCGGUUUAGAACACGACAAGCGUGAAGACGAUUUACUUAGAACUCCGACAUUGGCCGACUUUGUGAACCGAAGGGCGGGAUCUGGCAACGGAGAAGGCAACGCAGCUCGUCAGAGGACUAAAGAAUAUCUGCACAAGAGAGCGGAAACAUUGCGACAGGAGGACUUUUGGGGUUUCGCAUACGACAAAGAUCCUCAGCCCAUCACCAUGACGGACACAAAGGAGACGCAGCUUUCCGCUGAACCGGGGCUUAAGGCACCGAUUUCAGUCGAGAAGCCGCUGCCUCCUCCCCCAGCAGAUACUCUGAACGAGGAUUCUUUGGCUUUGGGGAGCAUGGCAAACCCAGAACCUAGAGCCAUGAAGACACCGGUUUCAGAUAAACCUUCACAAAGAACAAGAAAGAAAAUCGCGUGGCGUGGAAAAGCAUGCAUGAUCGCGCUUCCACCGGAAGAUAAGCGAGGCAGCAAAGAAUCUGGGUACCGCUUAUUGACUGUUGAAGACGUCAACAAGCGCCUAAAAGCAUGGGAAGAGCAAGGCUAUGAUAUUCGAGGUUUUAGUGUCGGUGCAUCAGAGGAUCCUUGGAAUACGGAAUUGGGAGGUCUAAGCCGUCCCACCUGGCCCGAUGCUGCCGGCGUGCAGGAGGAAUGGGAUUCUCGAAGUUAUACCGUUUGCUUCCCGAAUAAAGCCGUAUGGGAUGCAUAUGUGAAUUUCCUUCAGGAAGAGAAGCUACGAGCUCUGGGUGUAUCCUUUGAUGACGAUGUGCAACCGUCAGUAUCGCCUGCAUCGGCCGCCAUGAGCCAAAUGGCACCGUUCCCUGGUCUUGUUUCCUCACCACCAAUCCCGACAGCGUCUGCGGCUAGUAACCCAUUGUCGUUAUCUCACCCAUUCUCGCCCCAGCUGAGCCAGUCCACAAAUGCCCGAAACGGAAUGGGCUCUUUAGCUUCUCCUGCGUCGCAGUUCGGAGUCCAAACCCCUUUCCUGGGCGUGGAUCAGAACCUUCUCCCAGGGUAUCAUAUCCCGUUUCAACCGACGCCUCCUGCACAGGGAUCCCUAACCCCCCAGAGUUUCUUCAAUGCUCGUCAAGCGGGCGCACCGCCAACCCUUGCUGGCACACUUCCGAACUUAACCUCUAUCUUGUCCCCGGUUUCUCCGUUGAAUGACCAGAAUGCUUUCCACCCUGGCCUGAACGAACAAUCCGGCCUGCCGAAAGUACCUUUUAACAAUCAUAUGGGUCACGAUAUGCAAGACAACACGACAGAAGGUCAGCUUUUACGUCCUAUACACACCCCUACCGAAAACCUGGAUAACUUCCAUGCUUCGACUGUUGAAAUUGCCCACCCCACGCCUCGUGGUCAUAGUCGUGGCCACAAUUUGAGCGAGACACUCCAGAAAGGACUCGAUCAAUUUACACAGUCUGAUUACCAUCUGGAGGAGUCGAUAAAUAGACAACUAGACGAAGGCGACCGCGAACCUACUCAUACUUUCAAUAGCUCAGAUAUACUGCAGUCUCGGUGGGCCUUGCCAGAGAAUAGCAACCAUGAUAUCCAACACCUUCCUCAACAUGUACAUCAAUAUUAUGGCGGAGCAUAUCCGGGAGAUAAUGCCCACGAGGGCUCGGAUAUCGAUACCAACCCCAGUCUUUCAGGUACACCUCAUGGACUUGCAAACCACAUACCUUGGCAUGAACCGAAGCCUAGUGCUGGAUCAUACGGUGGUGGGCACCGUUCGAAGCUUUCAUCCUCUACUUUGAACGUUGAUGCGAAGGCAUUUGAUCCGACCGCAUCAAAUCCUUCGCACGCUUUCCCGUUCCAAAACAAUUCCUUCCAAUUCCCAACACCGGACCAUCCUAUGUUUACCUUUGGCUCUAAUGCAGGCUUCAAACAGCCAACAGAUUCCUUCAAUGUGUCUGCUCCUUCCUUCACGCCAGGUUCUUUCAAUGUCGCAGCGCCAGUUUUCAAUCCAACCCAAAACUAUUAUUCGACCGGCCCUGACCAAUCUGAAGGCGGCAGAACCAAGAUCUUUGAUGAUGUGGAUAUGUGUCAAGCACAGAAAGGCUCUAAAAAGUCGAAAGCUAUUCCCAUCGUACGCCCAGAUGACAACGAAGGGAAGAAACACAAGGAUGAGGAAGCUGAGAAUGACAAUAGCCGAUCCGCUCCAACAGAUCGUCACAAACGUGCCCGCCGUAGCCUUGAAGGUCCUGAUGGAGAAGCUCAAAUCAGUGAUUCGCAUGCUCUGACAGAAAACAUUAAUGCUCAGGCAGCACAAGGAUCGAAUGCAACUCAUGUGCCUGCCGGAGGUAAAGAAAACGCUUUGCCUGGCAAAGCUGAUGCCACCUUGGUGGGACCAGAAGCUCUUCCAGCCCCAGACAGAAAAUCACAAGAGCGAAAGGACACUCCUGUCAGUGAAGCAUCAACCUGGACGCCUUCUGAUACUAAAGACGAGAAUGCCAUCAAACGUGCAGAAUGGCCAGAAGAAGGACAGGUAGCGGCAAGCGAGCCAGAAGCAGUUGGUAAUGAGAAAUCUGACUUGAAGCGAUCACUAGUGGAUGAGGCAACUGCCACUUCUAUUAGUCCUAAAGAGCAAGAGCAACCCAUGGAGGAGCGGGCCGAUACUCGAUUGAAUGGCUCGGUGCUUUCACCGGGUGCUAAGCUGUUCGAAUUCAAACCAUCCGUGACUGAGUUUGUACCUUUCGCGGUCGAAGAGCCAAAAAUUACCCCUGAAAGUACAAUUGAGAAAGAUGACACCAUGGCUUCGCAAUCUGCAGUUGCUCCACCCCAGGAAGACUUUGAGUCGACUCAAUUACGAAACGCCCCGGCGGAUGAUACACCUAGAACCAAUGAUUUCCAGCCGGAACAAGACUUGGAACGUGAUUCCGAUCAGGAUUCCCCUGAUGACGAAGAGCUGAAUGCUAUAAUGGAACAGUUAAAUGGAGACUCUGAUGUUGGAAUUGAAAGAUUAAGCACUCCCCACCCUGCGAACCGUUUCCCAGAAUCCGUUUUAGGGCCGUCAAAAGAAAAACGGCACGCCCCCGCAGAGAUCAGGAGUGAAGCUCCAAGUCCCAGUCCAGGAAGGGGACCUAUCUCCCAAGCAUUAACCGUACCAAAACUUGAUUUCGACGCCCAAUCCCAGUUCUCGGUUACGCCCUCGAAGAAUUUUGCCUCCGCUAUUCACUCACCCAUCCGACAGUUGGUUAGCCGAAACGACCAUAUCAGUGACUGGGAUGAUGUUAUUUCAUCUGGCGAAGAUGAGAAGUUGGCAAAUCGAAGCAGAUUCUUUGACCGCCGCAUUCAUGAUCUUGUCGGCUCUGUUGUUGAAGAGCGUCUCUCUCCUCUUGAGCGUGCAUUGAUAGCUAUAGAGAAUUCCGUAUCUGCUAUGACCUUGGGGUCACAGAAUAAAUGGUCAUGGAGCGCCUCUGUGGAGGGUGAGGAAAGCGAUGCUGACGAUGAAGAAGAAUAUGAUGAGGAUGCAUCCUACAGAGAGAAGUCGCCCAUUCGCCAGAGAGAUCGGAAGCUUGACAAGUUAAAGAGCGUGAUCCUCGAAGCUUUAGCAAGUCGUGAUAUCCCACAAGAAAUAGAGAAACCGGCCACUUCCGAAAUUACGCAGCUCCAGCAAAGUAUUACAGAUCUGCAGGCUGUGACCCUUCAAAAGCUUGCGCAAGACUCUACGAGUGAUUUGCGAGACAUGAUUGAAGAAGUUGUCUCAGCUCAAUUUACCCAACAAAAAGCUCGCCCCUCCGAAGCUGAUGAAAUCGGCGCCGAUAGCCUUAUGCUUCAGAUCAGUGGCCUGAAGGAGAUGCUAAGGGUGAGCGAUGAGCGGGCUGAAGAGGAAUACAGAAAGCGUAGAGAGGCGCAGGACUCUGUUGUAGAGUUCCAACGGCUCUUGAAGGUUGCUCAGGAUGUUUCUGCUCGGCAUAGCGAAGCGGCCGAAUCUGCUGAAACCCGUCUGCUCCAGUUUAAGGAAGAGAAGAUCCCUUACUUUGAACAGGUCCAGUCCAGGGCUGAAACACUUGAGCAAGAACAUGCAAAACUCAAGCUGACUCUAGCCGAAAUCUCUUCGAAGAAUAUCACCCUCGAAGGUACCUUGGAUGAAUACAGGUAUUCUAGCGACCACUGGAAACAGGAAAGUGAACAGUCGAAGGCCGAGCUCCAAGGAGUCAAAGCUGAAAACAAGAAUCUACGCGUAACUAUCGACAGUAUGAAAUCGCGGAUUGAAGACGGAUUGAGUGUACGCCAGAAUCUAAGCGAGAGAUUUAAUCGUCUUCAAGAUGAGGUGGCGACGGUGACCCGGGACAUUACUCGCGACCAAGCCUCCUGGCGCAGACGGGAAGAGGAGCACGUGGCUAGGUAUAAUGAACUUCAGGCAGCUUACAACCGAGAGGUGAAGCUUCGUGAGAAGCUCGAGGUCGAUAUUAGUGAACUUGAGCAGCAGGAGCGGGAAGCAGCGAAGUUGAAAUUUAUCUUUGGGCAAUCUCAACAAGAGAACGCCAGGCUAGAAGAGCUGGUGGCAAAUCUCAGGAUUGAGAAUCACGACCUAGAACUUAGGGCAUCUCGCUUCGAGCGUGAAUUUAACGAGGCACGGGAGAGCAGUAGGGUUGAGAUACAGCGUACCAGAUCUUCGCUGGAGGCUGAUGUCGAGGCUGCGAAUAGCCAGGUCAACAUUGUCCGUGCUGAAUUAGAAGCACAAAUUCUGCGUCUUCAGAGUCAAUUGGAUAAUGUCCGACUCGAUAGUGACACGGCACAACAACGCUACGAAAUGCUGCUUGAGGAGGCCAACGAGACUAAAGCGAGUGCCAUGGCCUCAAUGGCUAGUUCCCAUGAGCUUGCUAUGGAAGAACAACAUAGGCUGCAUGAGCGCCUACUCAACGAUCUUCGGGAGCGUCAUGCUCGCGCCUUGCACAAUGCAUCUGAGGAUAGGCAGCGAGCAGAGUCUCAUUUGACGGAACGAUUGGAACUGUCGGAUGAUAAGGUCAACCAUCUUCAGGAUCGUGUCAACCAUCUGGAAGAGAGGCUCGAGAUUGCCCAGUCCGCUGCUCGUGCUGCGGCUGAAGCCGCACAAGCAGCCAAGGCAGCUCCCACCGCGUCAAGUUCAGCACACUCUUCCUCCCCAUCUCUGUCAUUCAGCAAGGGAACUAUGGUCCCUGAGAAGAUCUCUCCUCAAGCUUUACGUGAGUCCAUCCUUGUCCUGCAGGACCAGCUACAGCAGCGUGAGGCACGCAUCGAAGAGCUCGAGCAAGAAGUUGCGUCGGUCGACAAGGAUGCGCCGAACAAGCUCAAAGAGAAGGAUACAGAAAUCAACUGGCUACGUGAGCUUCUUGGAGUCCGCAUCGACGAUCUACAGGAUAUCAUCAAGACUUUGUCACAGCCAUCGUUCGAUCACAAUACUGUGCGUGAUGCUGUCAUCCGUUUGAAGGCCAAUCUGCAGAUGCAGCAGCAAGAAAAGGAGAGGGCACUGUCAGGACAGGGCCUCCCAAGCUUUCCUUCCCUUUCGCAAUUGACCGCCUCGCCGCGCUCUCUUCCUCUUGCUGCCGCUGCUGCAUGGGGUAGCUGGCGCAGAGGGAGAGAAAACCCAAAUGCAAGCACUUCUGAACAAACCCCGUCCAAGUCGAGUCAAGCAUCUGCUUUCCUAUCCGGACUUCUGACACCUCCUGGCUCUAACGCUCGACAAGCCUCUCCGAACGUCAAUGGUCCAGCUACAGGAACGUGGAGGCGACCGUCCGAGAGCCGCCCACUCAGAAGCUUUGAUACUACCCCGAGACAAUCAUCCUCGCGUGCGAGCAGUAUGCAAGGACUACCGAGAACUCCCCCUCUGCUACGAAGGUCAAGCUAUGACCAUGAUGCCGAGCCUACUGACUACGGGGAGGGCUCCUGGGCCGAGGAGAACGAGAGCACAGCUGACGGUCUCGUGUCUGCGUCGCCCAAAGAGACAGGAGAUGGUCCAUUUGGACCACAAAUAAUGGCUUAGAUUGUUGACAUCAUCUCGAUCCCACUCUUGGCUAACACUUCAAGAGCAAGUAUUUUUACAUGUUAUUAUUAUGCUGCAUUUUUGAGUUUGCUCUCUUUUUUGCUGAUCCGAGUUGAGCUUUGCGUUGUAUAUUUGCAAUUAAGCUAUGGUUGUCUCUCUAAUGGCAGUGGGAUUACGAUCUCUUUUUUCUUUUUAUCUUUUUUUCUUUUCACUUCCAUCCCUUUCAUGUUCAUUUUGGUCUGUCUUCCCCCUCUCUGAUACCAAUACCACCUGUAUGAGUUUGCGGCAAUCUUUUGUACAAUUCCUUGGCUUCCAAUGUUCGUAAUGGGUUGACCUCUCGCUCGUUAUCCGAUUUCUCUCAUCACUUUCCUUUCCUCAACAUGUCUGCCUUGCGCGCGUUACGUUCCUACAGAACAUAUUCCAAGCAUAUUCACCCUUCUCCCCCUCCAUUUGAUCCAUUUUGCUACCAGCCUUGGCUGCUAGAGUAUGUAGAUACCCUUUACUAAUUAAUUGGACAUACGGUAAUUAAUACAA